GAAGAAGGCAAGUGUUUAAAGGAUAAAGAACAAACAUUAGAGUAACAAAGGGAUUUAGGGAAAAUACAACCAAUACAGGUGACAAAAAUUUUGGAAUAUCAAAAUGAAGCUGAAAACUGUCUUAGUGUUCUACAUCAUCACUAUCGGUGCUUUAACUGCUGCUGAGUCAACAGCAUCGUAUACAUCUGAGUUAUCAGUUUCCACUGCAUCUCAGACAAGUAGCUCAGAAAUUAAUGUAACUCCUACACCCUCUGGAAAUAACACUACAGUUUUACCUGCGAGUACUAUGUCAUACUUAACAACAGCAGAAACUGGGGAAGCUACCACACUGAUGAACAAUGCUGCAUCUGUCUCACUGCUGACUACUACAGCUGAAAUAACAACAAAUACAAAACCUAACGAGGGUACAUCAGGUUCUGAAACAAAUGCAUCAACCAUUACAGAACGGACUACAACUGAAUUAACAUUUGCAAAAUCAACUACUGAAGGAAAUACUUUUCUUGAAACCCAUUCUUCUCAUGUAACAGAAUCUAGCAAAACCACAUUAACAUCCAUAACUGAAUCUACUGACAGCAGUACAACUCCAGGGACAACUGCAUCUUCUGUAAAUGUGGCCAUGACCUCUGGUCAUCCAGCUAUGGCUGAAACUUCUAAAGCAUCGUAUACAUCUGAGUUAUCAGUUUCCACUGCAUCUCAGACAAGUAGCUCAGACAUUAAUGUACCUCCUACACCCUCUGGAAAUAACACUACAGUUUUACCUGCGAGUACUAUGUCGUACUUAACAAUGGCAGAAACUGGGGAAGCUACCACACUGAUGAACAAUGCUGCAUCUGUCUCACUGCUGACUACUACAGCUGAAAUAACAACAAAUACAAAACCUAAUGAGAGUACAUCAGGUUCUGAAACAAAUGCAUCAACCAUUACAGAACGGACUACAACUGAAUUAAUAUUUUCAAAAUCAACUACUGAAGGAAAUACUUUUCUUGAAACCCAUUCUUCUCAUGUAACAGAAUCUAGCAAAACCACAUUAACAUCCAUAACUGAAUCUACUGACAGCAGUACAACUCCAGAGACAACUGCAUCUUCUGUAAAUGUGGCCAUGACCUCCGGUCAUCCAGCUAUGGCUGAAACUUCUAAAGCAUCAUAUACAUCUGAGUUAUCAGGCUCCACUGCAUCUCAGACAAGUAACUCAGAAAUUAAUGUAACUCCUACACCUUCUGGAAAUAACACUGCAGUUUUACCUGCGAGUACUAUGUUAUACUUAUCAACAACAGAAACUGGGGAAGCUAUCACAAUGAUAAACAAAACUGCAUAUGUUUCACUGCUGACUACUGCAACUGAAAUAACCACAGAUACAAAACCUACCGAGGGCACAUCAGGUUCUGAAACAAAUGCAUCAACUAUUCCCGAGCUAAAAACAACAGUGUUAAUAUCCGAAGACCCAACCACUGAGGGAAUUACAAUUUUAGGAACCCAUUCUUCUAACUUAACAGAAUCUACCAAAGCUACAUUUAUAUCCAUAACUGAAUCUACUGACAGCAGUACAACUCCAGGGACAACUGCAUCUUCUGUACCUGUGAGCACUACAGCGGGGCAGCCAGCCACGGCUGAAACAUCUAAAGGUACUACAGCUUUUCUAUUUAAUGCAUGUAUUUUAGGAGUCUCUAAUCUACAUGACUUGCUGAAGACAUGGAUGAUUUUUUCCUUCUGUUAAAAGCUUGGUUGCAUGGUAGCAGUAAUGACAGUGUUGAGGUAACUCUGCUGAGGUUCAUAACAUGGAGGUCAGUCCUACUAGUGACAGGUGACACCCCAGUACCAUGUGAUGAUGACCUCAUAAAGUAUUAUUUUCAUUAUG